AUGGCGGAGAUGGAUAUAGACGGCAAAAGCGAUGCCGAAUCUAGCGGCGAGGAAGGUCUACAACUCCCAGAGACCUUGAUCGCAGGUCGUGCACGCCGUUCGACCGCUGGCAAUCGUCUUGCCCAGCUUCUCCAACAGGAACAACCAGAUGACAUCGACUUACUUUUCGAAGAGGACGGCGAUGAUGACGACUUUGAGGCAAAGCACGAAUCCGACGUAGACCUCGGCUCCUCAUCUGAUGAAGAGGACAAGCCACAAGAUCAGGACGAGUUAUCGGGCGAGAAGAAACUAGAGCAGGAAGAACGAGCUGCCAAACGGCAGAAGAGGGCUUUUCCGGGACAGAAGGAGCUUGAUAAGCUGGUUAAGAGACAGCAGAAUCUCCGAGAGAAACGUGUCACGAUUCAGGAGCCUGAUCAAGCUACGAAGACGCUCACGGAUGACGAAAAUACUCCCCGUGCGCGAAAGAAGAGCGAGCGUAUCUCCUGGAUCCCCACGGCCGAAGAUUUACCAUCACGGCAAUCUACACGGCGUCAAACCGUGGCUAACAAGCAAUUGAUCCAUGAAAGAAUGAAAGAGAGCAAUGAGCGCCGACUCAAAGUUAUCGCUGCGAUGAAUGAGGCCUCCCAAAAGAAGAAGGUUGAAAAGACGGAAAUGACACAGGAAAUGCGUUUAGAGAGAGCCAAAAAAGUUGAGGAGAUAAAUAAAAAGAGUUUAAACAAGUGGCAGGUAGCUGAAGAGGCCCGUUUAGAAGCUCAACGAGCUAAACUAGCUGCCCUGCACAAUAGGAAGAUUGAAGGCCCGUAUAUCCGAUUUUACAGCGGCAGGGCAGAAUACGGCGCUAAUGGUAAACUUAUUACUAUGGGAAGGCGCAAAAUGGUCGAAGAACUCCCCGACGUUGUUGAAGUCAAGAAACCGGAUGAGAAAACUACGGAUGAGAAGACUACGGAUGAGAAGACUACGGAUGAGAAGACUACGGAUGAGAAGACUACAGAUGAGAAAGCUACAGAUGAGAAAGCUGCAGAGGAGAAAGCUGCAGAGGAGAAAGCUGCAGAGGAGAAGACUACGGAUGAGAGGACUACGGAUGAGAGGACUACGGAUGAGAGGACUACGGAUGAGAGGGCCACAGAUGAAAAAGUCAUGGAGGAGAAGACUGUGGCUGAGAAGCCUAUAGGUGAAAAGCCUAUAAGUGAGAAGCCUGUGGAUGAGAAUACAGAUUCAAAGUCUACGGAUACCCCAGCCUCCAUCGGUAUCAAAGAACCGGAUGAAGAUGUUGUAAUGGAAGAUGCACCUCAGGUUCCAGCUAUUGUAGAAAAACCUAGGGGCCUCGACACCAAUGGCACAGGCCUGCCUGAGCCAAUCGCUAGCGCCGAGCCGUCAACCCAACAGCAACCUUCCUCACCGCCGACAACUUCUCAAGUUCCAACAUAUGCUUUGGUUCCCUCUGAUGCGGAUGGCUCGUCGGAUGAUACACAGCAUAAAAUAGCUGCGCAAUUGCAAGGAGACCUUGACGCUUCCCUUUUCCCCUCAAAGCCUCAAGUCUCUUCCCAAACCUACAUCGUGUUAGAAGGGUUCACUAAGCGGGAACUCAACAACAAAGAGCUUGCCAGUAAAGUCCUCUUCCCGCACAAUAAUGGCCCACUUCCUAAACCCGAACGCCCAUUGUGCGUUACCACCAGUCUGCCAGCCCGCUACAAGGACCCGUCAACUGGACUCCCAUAUGCCAGUUUGUUCGCAUAUAAGCAGAUCCAAAGGGUUAAAGCGGGUGGUCUUCAAUGGAACAACGAACUUCAGUGUUUCUUCGACGUACAAGAAGCUGCGUCCGGGGUUCCUGAAGGGUUCAAUGACUAA